UUUAUUUGGGAACAGAGACUGGCGCCAGUCUAGGCUAAAUUGUGACACAGAAAGUAUCAACAGUCUUGUCCUGUUGUCACGCUCGCUUGAUGAGAGAACCAGUCACAUUCGGACGACCUCAACCUUGGAGAUGUUGCUUGGUGUGUUGAGAAGAACGUUAGUCGUGCUGCUGGUAUCAUGGCUCACCUGUGAAGUGGUGUCGAAUCCACAAUUGUCCUACCUGUUUGACGAGUCUUCCUGUGUGUGGGAAGAGGACGGUCAAGUGGCCAUUCCAGUGCGGAUAACUGGGAACUUGACGGCCCCUGUGACACUGACCAUCAACACAGUGGAUGUCACGGCCACCUCCCCUGGGGACUUCACUGCCCUCUCGUCACACACCGUCACUGUGACCCCUCCGGGCCGGGGCACCUUCAUCACCAUUGGCAUUGCGAUUGAUGGGGAUCCCGAGGAAGAGGAAACAUUCAAUGUGACAAUUGAAGCGCCCAACUUUAACAAGCUCGAGCUCACUGUCUGUAUUUCGGACGAGGAAAUCGACCAUGACGCUAAAUCCUUUCCACAAUUAUCUCACCUGUUUGACGAGUCUUCCUGUGUGUGGGAAGAGGACGGUCAAGUGGCCAUUCCAGUGCGGAUAACUGGGAACUUGACGGCCCCUGUGACACUGACCAUCAACACAGUGGAUGCCACGGCCACCUCCCCUGGGGACUUCACUGCCCUCUCGUCACACACCGUCACUGUGACCCCUCCGGGCCGGGGCACCUUCAUCACCAUUGGUAUUGCGAUUGAUGGGGAUCAAGAAGAAGAGGAAAGUUUCCAAGUGUUAAUUGAAGCUCCAGGCCUUAACACACUCGGAGUGACAGUUUGCAUCAGUGAUGAAGAGUUCAGCGAAGGUGACCUCCUGAAGUUGCGAGUGCCAAGAAGCAUUUCCGUCUCUGAAAACGAAACAGCUAAGAUCCCAAUAUGGAGGGGACCCUUUGACACCGACCCCCUUCCCCUGGCUGUGAAGUAUGAGGUUGGCAGCGCCAGGGUGCAUCGUGAUUAUUCAGCCGCAGUGACCAGGCUCGAGUUUGGAGAGGGAGAAGCAAAGGCGUGGCUGGAGAUCCCAAUACUCAACGACGAGGUGACUGAAUCGAGGGAGAAAUUCUCCGUGACACUCAUCGCGGAGGGAUAUUUCGAUGAGACACUGAAUAUAACCAUCCUCGACGACGAUGGAAAGGACACAGCACUAUUGGAUUUCAUCGUGUCUGAUAUGAGGUGUGUCUUUGAGAAUGAAACAGCCAUACAGCUGCGGGUUGGAAGGCCAGCGUCAGACACGGGUACACUGAAUGUCUCUGUGGAGUACGACACCGACAGCGCCGAGGCUGGCAACGACUUUUCUACAGUUGUGACUCGCCUGGAGUUCGCUAGAAAUGAAGAGAGUGUUAUGCUGAUGAUUGGUCUAGUUCAGGAUGAGGUGAUUGAAUCAGAAGAAGUAUUCUUCAUAAAACUAACUCACGAGAGAUACUUCAGUAAAACCAUCCAACUCUGCAUCUCAGGAGACAUCGAUAAAAACCAAGUCAAAGAGUUCACCGUCGUGGGCAAGUACUGCUUCAAGGAAGACGAGGAAGCUCCACACCUCCAUGUCCUCAGACCCCCAUGCGACACGGAAACGCUGACUGUGACGUUGGAAUACGACGACGGCACCGCCAUGGACGGCAGCGACUACUUAUCAAACGUCACAAGUCUACAGUUCGCUGAAAGGGACAGACAGGCAACACUGCAAAUACCAAUAUUAAAAGAUAAGAUCAUGGAAUCACGGGAAAACUUCUCUAUCACACUUUAUACGGAAGGAUAUAACAACGAAACCAUACAAAUCUGCAUUAUUGAUGAUGAUGAUUAUCUCGUGUUCACCAUAAAUGAAAAAACAUGUGAACCGGAGAAUCGGGGAGUUGUCCGUCUUCACGUCCACCGAUCCCAGUUUGACAGAGGACCUUUGAAUGUGACGGUGCAAUAUGAAGACGUCAGUGCCAAAUCUGGAAGCGAUUAUCUGACAACUAUUCGUAUUCUCGAGUUCCAUGAAAUGGAUGAAUAUGUCAUCCUGGAAAUUCCGAUUGUUGACGAUCUGGGGACUGAGUCCAGAGAAACGUUCUUGGUCACACUGUCUGCUGAGAAUUAUGCCAACACAACCAUUGAAGCCUGCAUAGAAGAUGAUGAUGCUCCUGUUCAUUUUGACUGCAACCGAUAUGGAGUGAACUGUGCUUCCGGAACAACUUGCCCACCCAAUGGCAAGACGUGUGAUUGUUCGGGUGUGCCCGGAAGGACAGGCCCUGACUGCAGCAUCAUAGCAGAUGACGUCAACGGGUCUGGGUGCCAAGACUUCGACUGUGGCUCCAGGGGCCAGUGUGUGUCUGUUAACGGCACGGGGCAGUGUCGAUGUUAUCCCGAGUUCUACAGCACCGGAGACAAGGCCUGUCAGCUGAAGCGAACCAUCAUCACUUCCUGUGACAAUAACAAGAUGACGGUCUGCAUGAACCCCAUCAACGAGUUUCAGCCUCUUGUCACCGUCUCUGGCUACACGUCGACUCAGUGCACGGCCAGACCAGUCCCCGACCCCGAUGACCCUACAGACAGGAUCCCAGCAGAGGUGAAGGGUCAGUGUAUCACAGUCGAGUUUGAAGGGGACUGCGGAAGAUACCCCUCUGUAAAACAGGGGAAUGAUGUCUGCCACACUGUGUCGUACCGCAUACAAUAUAAUCCGAUCCUACUCGUCGCUUCGGAUGAAAUCCUGUUUGCGAAAUGUUGUCUUUCCCCUAAUGGUACAGUGUCUACUACUGUGGAUGCGGACGCUUCGCAGCGGUUCAUCAACAAACAGUUUGAGGAGGAGUUUUAUAGGGCCAAGCUCACCCUCACUCUGCCGAAUGAACUUCCCAUUGUCGGACCGAUUGCUCUGAAUCAAGUUUUCAGCAUGUGCCUGGAGGCCACAACUGGGGGGUUUGCCUAUCUCGGUUUGUUGGGCAUACUGGGGCACAAUGGCAGGUCCGGUGCUUCACGGAGAGAAGCUGUAACUUACGGCGCUAAUGGCUGUCCGGACGAGUCCGGGAAAGCGCUAGUUGACGUGCUGCCACGGAGAGAGUCCGACACAAAGAUCUGCAUGGACUACAAGCCUGGAUACUUCACCCCUGGGCCGUCGUCCAUGAUAUAUGAGGUCACAUACAAAUUGUGCCUCGCCGACAGAAAGGAAGAGUGCAAUCUGAUCCCUUGUGGCGCGGCGAACAGAAGACGACGUCAAGCACUUAACGGAACCUUUGAAGAGACGACAUCAGCUACUGUAUACUUCCUCAACGGAUCCACUGAUGAGGCAACAGGAAGCAUGGUUUGCGAGUGUACUCGAGAGUCGUCCGUGAUGUUCCCCGCCAUAAUCGUGGUGUGCGUGGCUGCCCUUCUGUUACUCCUGGUCGUCUUCUCCAUGUACAUACGGAACAGGAGGACAACACGAGCAGCAAACACAGCCUCGGGACGACAAUGAGAUCUCGCACCAGAAAGACCUCUCAUUUUUACAUCACAACAUUUUACAGAAUGAUCAAUUGGUGUUAUGAAAAAUUGGAGUUUUUCCCUUGACGAUGGUACUAAUGAAACUAAGCUGUAUCAGAACUAUAAAUAGCCAUGCUUUCAAACGUGUAACACAUACAAUCACACGAACAAGAUUCACAUUUCGAAACUGAUCUGAGGAUAUAUUAUCAACGUUUAUGUAUCUGUAAAUAAGUAUUUACAUUUUCUUUACAUCUAGGUCUCCGGUAAUAGUCUGGGCAAUAAAUUGUAAAUGCCAUUGCAAAAGAUU